AUGCCCUUCGGCCUAGCAAACAGUCCUUCCGUCUUCCAGGCUUUCAUAAACGAGGUAUUUAGAGACAUGCUGAAUCAAUGGGUCAUUGUGUACGAUAUUUUCAUUUAUUCCAAUUCCUUAGAGGAGCAUACCAACUAUGUCAGAGCGGUCCUGAAAAGACUCAUAGAAAACCAACUAUACGCCAAGUUAUCCAAGUGUGAAUUUCACCAAACCUGCAUCUCGUUCCUGGGUUACAUUAUCAGCGCAGAGGGCUUGGCUAUGGAUGAGAAGAAGGUUGAUACAGUCAUUAACUGGCCUAAACCCAAGACAGUAAAAGAACUACAACAUUUCAUGGGAUUUGCAAACUUCUAUCGAAGAUUCAUCAGAAAUUUCAGCACAGUAGCCGCCCCGCUCACUUCCCUGGUCAAAGGAGGUAGUACCCGACUAAGUUGGAGCAAUGACGCAACUCGGGCAUUCAGCCACCUCAAAUCUCGCUUCUCCUCUGCCCCGAUCCUCUGCCACCCUGAUCCUAAUUUGCCGUUUACCCUGGAAAUUGACGCAUCCAACACUGGCAUUGGAGCCGUACUUUCCUAG